AUGUUGACAUACUAUUUUCUGGCUCUCGUAUUAUUACUACACACUUACCCUCCUAAUAUUCAUGACUGGAUAACAAGACAACAAAAAACAAGUUUUGCUGUUAUCCAACAUAACAUCAAUCCUCCCAACACCACAAGAGGGUUCUUUGCUGCUUCUCUCUCUACUUCUUAUCCUGACUACUUCUAUACCUGGACACGUGAUGCUUCGCUUGUUGCUCUUGUAUUGACAGGACUGGAAGAAACAAACGAAACCUUAUUAAGGGAUUAUGUUGAUUUUCAAGUUCAUACGCAAGAUAUACCCACUGUAUGCAACUGUCUAGGUGAACCCAAGUUUAACAAGGACGGUUCUAGCUUUACAGGAUCCUGGGGAAGACCUCAGAAUGAUGGCCCUGCAGAAAGAGCCAUUGCAUUUAUGGCUAUUGCCAAGCGACUUGACCAAGACAGUCUAUUUCUCAAAGAUACACUCUAUCCUGCACUUUUGAAAGACUUGGACUAUAUUAUACAAGUAUGGCAAGAACCUUGCUUUGAUCUCUGGGAAGAAGUAAAUGGCGUCCAUUUCUAUACACUGAUGGUGAUGCGCCGUGCACUUUUAGAGGCUGUUGAUGUUUUGCAAGAUACAAGAUAUGCAUCAGUCGCUCAGCAGAUUGAACAGCGUAUUGAAACAUUCUGGUCUCAAGAAAAGGGUUAUAUUAUCACAGCACAAGAUUUUCAGAAUGGUGUAGAUAAACAGUUAGACGUGUCUGUCUUGUUAGCAGCCAAUUUAGUAGCUAAUAGAAACGAUGGCUUCUUUACGCCUGGAUCAGAUAAAAUACUCGCUACAGCUGUUACUCUUGAAGAAGCCUUUAAAGCAGAAUAUCCUCUAAAUCAAAAUUUAGAUCCUCAUUUGGGUGUUUCUAUUGGUAGAUAUCCCCAUGAUCUUUAUGAUGGCUAUGGUCUUUCAGCAGGUAACCCAUGGUUCAUUAGUACAGCAGCUUAUGCUGAAUUGUAUUAUUUGGCUAUUCAAGAAUGGCGAACCACAGGCCUUACAAUCAAUGCUAUCAACCGACGCUUUUUUGAGCAUGUUUACCCUGAUGGUUGUCCCUCUCAAGUGUAUUUUGGACCUGGUACAAUGGAACUAGAGCAACUGGUAUCUCAUGUGAGUGCCGAAGCAGAUAAAUUUCUGGCUACGAUACAAUAUCACCAGGCUCGCAAUGGUAGCAUGUCUGAACAAUUUAGUCGCUAUAAUGGUUAUAUGGCAGGUGCUCGUGAUUUAACAUGGUCUCAUGCUGCUUUUAUUUCUGCAGUGCAAGCUAAAAAAAAAUAA